AUGAUCCCAUUGCGUAUGUCCAAAUUUUUAAAUCACCAAAAAUGGAAAAAUGACAAGAGUUCAUUGUCACGUAUGAAAUGUGGAUUUCCUUUACCAGUUCGUGGAAAUAUAACAAUACAAAGUAUGUGCACCACAUCAAGGGGCAAAUACCUAUUCAAGAAUCAUAAAUUAAACAAGAUAUUUGUUCACGUAAUACAGAAAAAAGAAAUGUGCACAAGCAAGACAUAUAAUGGAAUACAUUCGUUAUGUUACAAGUUUGGGAUGAAUAAUAAGAACACAUUUCAAAAAAGUAAUUUUUGUGUGGAAGAAAGAAAUGGUCUUCUUAAUUUGUUUAAUAUAUUUAAAAGAUUCAAAAUGGUAAAGACUAGUUCUUACAGAAGAAAAAGUAGAAGUUCACCAAAUGGACAAGGGCAGAAAGCUAAAAUUGGAGUAAAACGGUUAAGUGCUGAAUAUGUGAAAACUGGGCAACUUCUCGUAAAACAAAGAAAAAUUAUUGCAUUCAAUUAUGAAAAAAAAACAAGAAAAAGAAAUUUCAAAUAUUAUCCUGGAGAACAUGUCAAAGUUACAAAAAAUACUAGUUUAGUAGCUCUUACAAAUGGUAGGGUCAAAUAUACUUUUCAUGUUUUACAAAAUGUUUUAAUUGUUAAUGUACUCCCAGAAGAGUUAGACGAAUUGAAAGAAGAAGAUUUAUAUCGAUAUAGAACAGAACAUGUAAAGUCUUUUGAAGAAAAUAGAAGUUUAAUUUAUCUUAGAAUGAAACAUGUUUUUGCAUUCCCUAAAAAUAAACAUACUCAGUUUAUCAAGCCACCAUUAAAACCUCAAUUUUUAACAAAAUAUGACAUCUAUGAUAAUCCGACACUUCGAGAGGUUCCUGUAUUGUAUCACAAGAGGGAAUAA